AGAAUUGAAGGAAGACGACAUAGAGGAAGAGUUUAUUCGAGGAAGUGGACCUGGGGGACAAGCUGUCGCAAAGACCAGCAACUGUGUACAACUAAAGCAUAUACCUACAGGCAUUGUUGUUAAAGUCUGUGGUCUACACAUCUCUGGUCUACACACUUGAGGUCUACACAUCUGUGGUUUACACAUCUGUGGUCUACACAUCUGAGGUCUACACAUCUGUAGUGUACAAGACUCAGCUGUGAUCUACACAUCUGUGGUCUACAGAGUCACGAGACACGAGCACAGUCCGAGAACCGGAAGAUAGCGAGACAGAAACUUGUAUACCAGCUGGAUAUACUGUACAACAAGGACAACAGCUUUGAUGCUAUAAGCAAGAGAGAGGCCGCACAACAGAAAAAAUCCAGGGAGAACAAGGCCAAGAAACGGCAGGAAUUAAAGAAAGAAUUUAAAGCAAGAGAAGGUUUAGAUUAAAAAAAAAACAAUGAGUACAAAAGAAAGUGAAGGAUUUCAGGUAACAAAAGAUCUUUACGGUGGAAUGGUGCUGAAAACCAAAGACCAGAAGUUCCAAUCUGCUGAAGAGUAUGAUACAAAACUAGCAGCUGCAAUGCCCAAGUGGGAAGGUAGUGGUGUACGUGGAUUCUGGGCAAAGAUCUCACUGGAACAUGCUCACGUCACUUCAGUAUUUGCUAAGUAUGGCUUAGACUUUCAUCAUGCUCAGUCAGGAUAUGUGAUGAUGGCAAAAUGGUUGCCUACCAGUGAACCUAGUAUGGUACCAGAAUAUGCCAACCAGUAUCUAGGUGUGGCAGGAUUUGUUGUGAAUGAAAAGAAUCAGCUGCUAGUAAUACAAGAAAAAUAUCACCCUGGGACUGCGAAAGCAAAAUGGAAACUGCCUGGUGGACAUUCUGAUAAAGGUGAAGAAAUAUUUGAAACUGCCCAACGUGAAGUGCGCGAGGAGACAGGAAUAGAGACAGAGUUUGUGGGAAUUAUAUCUUUCAGACACCAACAAAACUAUAGAUACGGAUGUAGUGAUUUCUACUUCAUCUGUGUAAUGCGACCAAUCAACAGUGACCAAAAGAUUCAAGUUUGUGAGCAGGAAAUAGCAAACUGUAAAUGGGUAGAUAUUGAUGAGUACCUGAAUGAUCCAGAUAUAACAGACGCUAACAGAUAUUUUACACAAUGUUACAAGGACAGUCUCACCAGUGGCAACCAGCUGAUAGGUGCAUCACCUGUACAAUCAUUCAAUAGAAAAACCACACAUCAGGUGUACAGUAUACAGACACCUAAACACAAAGAGCAUAAACACUUGUGAUAUACUGAUCGUUUAGUUAUAAUUUUGUAAAAUUGUUAAGUAAUGUGAUUUUCAUCCUUGUUUUGAGAAAAAAAUGUUUAUCAAGAUAGCAAUGAUCUUUAGCUCACCUGAGCAUAAAGUGCAAAUGAUGAGCUUUUAGGAUUGUUGGGUAUCCAUCUGCAAGGUAACUUAGGUUUUUUUUAAAGGAAUAUCUACUCUUAAAACUGCUAAGUCAAUUUCAUUCAAAGGUUACAGGAAUGUUCUAUGGAUGGUAGAUGCCCCAUUUUCAGAUUCCUUUAAAUUGAGGUCAUCAAGACUGAAUGCUCAUUUCCAUAACAACUGGGAAAAAGUUCUAAAUGUUUUUUCUUGGAAAACCUAAGGCCUAAUUUCAAAUAAUUUAACAGACAUUUUCCUUGGUUGACCCCUAUCAAAUACUUUCAAUUAUCACAUUUUGUUAAAAAGAAAAGCAACUAUGUGGCUGGCAGUGGACAUAGCGGGUAUCUGUAUAUAAAGGUAGAAACUUUGAAAAGCUGGUCAGAAUAAUUCAGCUGGAAUGUCUAUAGGUAACCUCUCUGCCAAAUUCCUUCAAAUAAUUCCAUUUCCUUAAUAAUCAUGGAAAUUAGGGGGCAAAUUUAGCUUAUAUAGCAUGUUACAUGUAUUUGAGAAACUACUGUUCUGACUUAGGCAUAAUGGUACAGACAUGUUCCUUCAGUGACCUAUUGAACAACUCUUUCACAUCACUCAGCUUUGUUUUAAAAAAAGGCAAGUUUUCUGUAUAUAUAUGUACAUAGUAGGAACAAACUGUUCAAAUUAUUCAAAAUUGUCAAGAACAAAGUAACUAGAGUUAACAAUAGAAAAAUCUUCAAACAUCAUCUCCUAGACCUCUUCCCUUUUCAAAAAAAUUCCAAAGAUAUAUUUCUUGGGUGACCUUCUACCAAGAGUUUUCAAAUUUUUAUGACUUAAAAAUGAAAAAAUCUUCAAAUGACUUGAAUUUUUUAACUGCUGUUACAGUUCAGAAAUAAUUUCAUGUAUAUAUUGACUUUUGGUGACCAACUGCUUAGAUACUUAUUAGUUCAAAUUAGUCUGAUUCAUUUAAAAAAAGUAUGGCCACGAGAUGGUGAGGUCACUUUUCUCUUGAUGUACAUGAUAUAUUGAAAUCGUCACCAUAGAAACUUCAUAAUUGCCUAAGUCAAAACUCUAUCAUAAUUGUUGUAGCCAUCUUUAUCUAAAGGAAAACAUGCCUUCUUUUCCCUUUAUGUCCAUAUCGAUUGUUUUGAAAACCAUUGAAUCUGCAGGUCAGUUUUUGAAGUUAUUGGCCAAAAUAUUUUUCAUGACUACCAAAAUUGCUAACAACCUGUCAGUAGGGGUGCGUACCGGUUCUCGAUUUGUAGCGAAUACUGGUAUUCAGGGUUCGAUUGAUACAUUGGAUCAAACGUUCCUGUAUCGAUCAAAAUAUCGGUCAAAAACAAACAUGUAGUUGUAGUUGGUAAAUUUACUAAAUGGCCUCAGUAAUAAUUCUCCUCCAGUUAGCAUACUUUGUUUACUCUGGAAAUGCUUUUUUACAACGUCACACCUGACAGCCAGUCAGUGUUCAACAGUAUCCGAAAAAUGUAAGUAUAUGGUACCCAGAACAGAACGGUAAUUUUUGCAGUGAUGAUUUUUUCGUCUGCAAAUUCUAAGCGUACUAAACAAAUUAAGAAUAAAUCUCUAUGAUAAGCAUGCUGCCACCAAUAGUAAAGUCUGGUCAUACUUUAAUGAAACUAUUGGAGGUGCAGACUGCAGAGCAAGUUCUCUCCACCUCUGGAGAUAUACUGUCUGCAGAAAGGUCGAUGUUGGAUGCAAAUGCAUUAGAUUGCAUGAUUUUCCUAAAAAAAAUACACCCAGGUCAUGUGAUUUUGUCGCAGAGUAGACUAACCUUAAAAGUUAUUAGUCAAUAGUAUUCAAUACUAGUAGUAAAGUUCAUAUUGCACUACUAUAAUGGUCUUGUACUCUGUUAUUAUUUCGUUAGAAAAUAUCAUAUAUCGAAUAUCGAUCAUUUUGACCGAUACGCACCCCUACCUGUCAGAGCUUUUAAACUUGGGGUGAGUGAGGUAGGGCCACAAUGGCCCACUUGUGUUUUAAAACUGUCAUAUAAGCAGCUUUAAGUAGGUUACAGUGAUAUUUUAUACAGGACAUAUCCAGGUCAUUUUAAAGGGUAAUAUAUUGAGAUUUUUAAAACCUUGCAGUUUAUUUUGUCUUAUAUUUUAAGUUAGUAAUCCAUAGACAAUUUAGGUCCGAUUAAGUGAUAGAGGUAUGAAAAUGUAUACUGCAUUUACUACUAACACUGUAUGUUUCGAGGAUUUCCUGUCUAUUUACAUUGAUUUGACAAUGUGUCAAUUGAUUUAUUUCUUUGUAUUGAAAUGUUACUUUGUGGUAACCACAUAAAUGAACAAUCCUUUCUACAAAUUUGGAAAUCUUUCCCUUAAUUUUACUUAAUACAUUUAUGAAUUUUUGAAGACACUUCUAAUCAGCACUAUCAAGCUUGAAACAGGAAAACAAUAUACCUUUGUGUAGCAGUAACAUUUAAGAUAAUUGCUCAGAUACUAAAAGGUUCCCAUCAUUGUGUGGCAUUUGCCAUUACUUGACAGGCUGGGAACCUUGUCUUCUACCUCCAUUAACCUUUGCCAUGCUGGACACGGUUUGUUUUGCCUUUUCAACCAGUGUAGUUCAUGAUCUGCCUGCACAUCCAUGGAGUCAGAUCAUGAUCUGCUCUGUUUGCCAGUCAGUAAUAAUAAGAAAUACUGUAUUUCUUUUGGUAGAUACCCCUUUUAGCAGUUAAUGGUACUGUCCAAAUUGAAAGAUGGAUGAGUUCAUUAUAGAGCAGGGUAAGGGUUAUUCUAGGUAUUUUAUUGUUUUCAGGGCACAAAAAAUGAAUUCUACUCCGAUAAUCUAUUGAGUAUUUAUUUUAGAUUGUUGUAUUUGAACUGUCAGUAUUUAAACUCAGUUACUGUGAUUAUAGGGCAUGUUGUAAAUGUAAUCUGAAAGUAAAUGUAGAUACAAUAAAAAAUGUUCAAAUUUUA